GUUCUCAUUUUCACUAGUCUAUGGCUUCAUUCAAACCAAGAAAUACCAGAGCUUCCAUGGCUGCCAUGUUGCUGCUUUUGGGAUUAUUGGUAUCUCAAACGGAAAUAACAGUUGCACAAUCCAUAGGCGUCUGCUAUGGCAGAAAUGGAGACAAUUUACUUGGAGCAGCAGAAGUUGUAAUUCUUUAUCAAUCAAAUCGCAUUGGAAGGAUGAGAAUUUAUGAUCCAAAUCAGGAAACUCUCAAUGCCCUCAGAGGAUCUAACAUAGAACUCAUCCUUGAUGUCCCUCUUGACAACCUCCGAGACCUUUCUGAUGCUGCAGCUGCAAAUGACUGGGUCCAGAGAAAUGUUGUGUCUUUCUCUCCUGAUGUCAAAUUCCGAUACAUAGCAGUUGGAAAUGAAGUUUCACCUAGUGACCAGCGGGCGGAAUUUGUUCUGCCGGCCAUGACAAAUGUUCACAAUGCCCUAGCAGCAGCCGGUCUACAAGGCCAGAUUAAGGUCUCAACAGCAGUAGCCUCAUCUGUGCUUGGAACAUCAUCUCCUCCAUCAGAUGGUUCAUUUAGUAACACAUCAAGUCCAUUUAUAACUCCAAUCAUCAACUUCCUGGCAAGUAAUGGAGCACCACUUCUUGCUAACAUAUACCCCUACUUGAGCUACACUCGUGACCCGAUUAAUAUUGGCCUUGACUUUGCCUUGUUCACUGCCCCUGGGGUUGUAGUACCAGAUGGUCAGUAUAGUUACCAAAAUCUCUUUGAUGCAUUGGUUGAUUCACUUUAUUCUGCUCUGGAGAAGACGGGAGGGGCUAACGUGAACAUUGUUGUAUCUGAGAGUGGUUGGCCAUCUGAGGGUGGAAAUGCAGCGAAUGUUGAUAAUGCAGGCACAUACUAUAGGAACCUGAUUAAUCAUGUGACACAAGGGACACCGAAAAGGUCAGGUCAGGCAAUAGAAACAUACCUAUUUGCCAUGUUUGAUGAAAAUCUAAAGGCUGCGGGGGUUGAGCAACACUUCGGUCUGUUCCUCCCUAAUGGACAACCAAAGUAUCAAAUAAAUUUUGGCUGAGACCCAAGAGUCCAAUUUAGUGACCUUAAAUGCAUGUCCGACUUAAAUAAGAGUGCCUUGUGUCCUAGUGUGUUAAUUCACAAUAAAAUGUAGCAAAUACAAUUCAAAUAAAUUCUAUCACUACUUUAAAAGGA